UAACAAGUCAGAUGUACACUGACUCUGCUGGGAAAGGAUGGUGCUUUAUACCUUCUUUUAUAAUUCUUACUUGGAUUAGACGUUGUCAGAAUGGACCAGCAGAGACCAGAAUCUUCACAUCAUGUCUCACCUGAAGAUAAAAUCCAAAUAAAUGAGGAAAGGCCAGAAUCUCACCUACCAAGAGGCUUGUCGAUGACAGAAUCCAAACAUGAACCAUUGGAUUUCAAGGAUGAAGGACCCUCUGAAAAUAAAAUCCAAAUGGAUACAAAGAGACUAGAACUAUCUCAACCAACUUCUGUAUCCAUGAGUACAGAACAAUCAGAAGAUGAACCAGAUGAAAUCGUGGAACAACGCCCCUCUGUUCAUGAAAUUUUGAGUCGGAUGCGGCCCCUCUCCAACAAAAGACCAUCAAGGAGGUCUAGUGGCCAUGAGAAUAAAAGUCACCUGGAUUUAGUUUUCAAGGUGCUUGAGGACGACAUUAUGCAUUUUGUAACAAGUGAACUUAGAAAAAUGAAGAACAUGUUGAGCCCGGAAAGCUCAGGGAGGUAUAGUGAGAAUAAAGAGGAAACAGCUGAUGAGGAAAUGCAUAGAAAGAGCAACAGAUAUGCAUUCCUGAAAAUUACAAUCAACUUCUUGAGGAGAAGGAAUGAGGAGCGGCUCGCUGAAUCUUUGUUGAAUAAAGCUCAAACAGCUGUUUACCAGUUUAAAUUGAAGUCCCACUUGGUUAAAAAGUGUCAGCAAUUUUUCGAGGGUAAUGUCAAGAGAGGAAACCCGAAAAGUAUAAGUCAAAUCUACACUCAGCUCUAUGUGGCACCUGAUGAGAGAGAAGUCAAGGAUGAAGAUGACGUCCAAAAAAUUGAAUCAGCAUCUUUGGUACCAGGUGGUUCUGAAACCACCAUCAGCUGUGAGGACAUUUUUAAACCUGAGAGAGAUGAGAAAAUUAGAACGCUGGUGACCAAGGGUGUUUCUGGCAUUGGGAAGACAGUGUUGACACAGAAGUACACUUUGGACUGGGCUGAAGGCAAAGCCAACCCUAACAUACAGUUUAUCUUCCCAUACACAUGCAGGGAGCUCAAUUUGCUAAAAUCUAAAAGCAUCAGCUUAAUUGGACUUAUUCAUCAAUUCUUCCCUGAAACAAAGGAAGCAGAAAUCAGUUGUUUUGAGAAAUUCCAGGUUCUGUUUAUUUUUGAUGGUCUGGAUGAGCUUCAACCACCUCUCACCUUCAGCAACGCUCAGAUUCUAACAGAUGUUAGUGAAACUGCAUCGAUGCAUGUGGUGCUGGCAAAUCUAAUCAGGGGAAAACUUCUUCCCUCAGCUCUUAUAUGGAUAACCACACGACCGGCAGCAGCCAAUCAGAUCCCUUUCCAGUAUGUUGACAGCAUGACAGAGGUCAGAGGGUUCACAGACUUACAAAAGGAAGAAUACUUCAGAAAAAAAUACCCAGACAAGGAACGGGCCAAGAGCAUCAUAUCCCAUAUUUUUACAUCAAGCAGUCUCCAAGUAAUGUGUCGCAUCCCUGUUUUCUGUUGGAUCACUGCUACAGUUCUGGAUGAGGUCAUGAAAGAUAAAGGGAAAACAGAGCCACCCAAGACCCUAACUGAGUUGUAUAUUCACUUCCUGGUCGUACAGAUCAAUCGUGACAAUGCCAAGAGUCACAACAAAAUGUUGACUGAGCUCAUCUGGAAUUCAGAGAGCGAGAAGAUCUUACUUACUUUUGGAAAAUUAGCUUUUGAGCAGCUGGAAAGGGGAAACCUGAUCUUCUAUGAAGAGGACCUAAAGGAGUAUGACAUAGACAUAAACACUGCAUCGGCAUACACAGCAGUGUUUAGAGAGAGCUUUAAAGAAGGGAGCAUACUGAACCAGAAAAGGAUGUUUGGUUUUGUGCAUCAGAGCAUUCAAGAGUUUCUGGCUGCACUUCAUGUCUUUUUAGAGUUCAUUAAGACCAGUAAUAAUCUGUUGAGAAGAAGUCUCAAGCCUUUGCAGCGAGAAAACAAAUUCAAACAGUUUUACCUGAGCGCAGUGGACAAGGCUUUGGGCAGUCCAAAUGGACAAUGGGACAUGUUUACACGCUUUCUUUUAGGACUCUCGCUGAAAAACAACCAAAACCACCUACAAGGCCUAAUUAAAAAAACAAGUCAGUUACCAGAUGUUCAACAAAUGCUUGUCCAAAACAUCAAACAGAAAAUUAGGGUUUGUCCUUCAUCUGAGGAAAGCGUUAGAAUGUUUGACUGGCUAAAUGAACUGAAUGACCAUUCCCUAGAAGAGGAGAUGACACUGUAUCUGAAGGAAAAGGGUUGGGCAAAGAAGCUCACUUCUUCUCAGUGGUCAGCAUUGGCUUAUGUCUUGAUGUAUUCACAAAGAAAUUAUAUUUUCAACUUCAAGAAGUUCUCUGAUUCAAAGGAGGCACUCAUAUGGCUUCAGCCGGUGAUGAAAGCAUCAAAGAAGUCUCUGCUCUAUAGUUGUAAACUGUCACAGAGAAGCUGUAUACCUCUUGGAUCAAUGUUGGCUGCUGAAACAUCGUGUCUCAGAGAGCUGGACCUGAGUGACAAUGACCUGCGCGAUGAUGGAGUAGAAAUCCUCUCUCAAGGACUUAUGAAUAAAAAGUGUAGAUUGGAGGUUCUUAGCUUGUCAGGCUGCUUGGUGUCAGAGAGAGGCUGUGCUUCUCUGGCUUCAGCUCUGACCUGCAACCCUUCUCAUCUGAGAGAGCUUGAUCUGAGCUUUAACCAUCCAGGAGAAUCAGAGCUGAGAAAGAUUUAUGCUGGCAUGAAAGACCAAGGCUGGAGGCUACAGACUCUAAAAACAGAUCAUUGUGGAAAGCUUCGCCUGAAUCCAUCACCCCAACGGUUUUUCCUUGAGCAAAAAUUGGAUCCCAACACAGCAAACAAAAAUCUCCUACUGAGUGAAGACAACAAACAGGCAGAGAUGGUAGAAGAGAAGCAGCCCUAUGCUGAUCAUCCAGAGAGGUUUGACACCUGGAAACAUGUGCUGUGCAGAGAUGGUCUGACUGGUUGCUGCUACUGGGAGGUCCUGGGAUGGUGCUCUCAAUAA